AUGCUGUCAACUCCAAUGGACGACAUGGUAGUCCAGUACUUCCUCUUCGGGCCGAGGGAGAUCGCAACCCUACGAGGCCACCUCAGUGGGUACCAGCUUGCCGCCACCUCCGCUACGUCCUUCGAGCUGCUAACCGCGGUCAUGUGGCGAUGCCGCACAACAGCGCUGGGCUACGAGUCCCACCAGCGCGUUCGCCUCAUGGUCACCAUGAACGCGCGCGGGAAGUGGAACCAUCACACGCUCAUCCCGCGGGGCUACUACGGGAACGCGCACGUGUCUCCCAUAGCGGAGGCCACCGCCGGCGAGCUCUGCAGCCAGCCGCUGGUGCACACGGUCGAGCUCGUGCGCAAGACCAAGCUCAGCGUGACCAAGGAACGCAUGGAGUCGAUGGUGGAGACGAUCGCGUCGACGCGCCAGUGGCCGCCUCCGAUGAUGGACAGGAUCUACGAGGUCUCUGACACGAAGUGGAUCGCCACGAAUGUGACGCAGUUUGGGUGGGCCGAGCUGGUGGGCGGUGGGAUACCACUGGCGGGUGACCUUACUUCGAAGCUGGGAAGCGACCACAUGAGGUGCAAGAACCAGGAUGGUCAGCACUCCACCAUUGUGUCCAUGCUCUUGCCGAAGCCGGUCAUGGAGAAGUUUAGCAGUGAGCUGUCUGUUUGGUUGAUGAACAACAGGCAUGAUGAGAAGAACUUGGUUAUACUGAGUUCCCUCUAG